AUGAGUACUAUAAAAACGACCAUUCUUCAAAAACUAACAGCUCAUACCAGUGAUGUGACGUCACUCGAUUUCUUCGGUAACGCACUGCUGGUGACCGGAUCAAGCGACAAAACAGUGCGCGUGUGGCGUUGGCAGGUGGGCAGUGGAUACCAGGAGGAACCGUUCUCACCCUUGCUAGGUCACCGUUACGGGGUGACGAGUGUACGUGUUUCGCCAAAGGGAGCCGUUGCAGCUUCCGCUUCGGUCGAUGGUUCUGUAAUUCUAUGGAAUUUAAGCAAUGGUGAAAUAUCUAACAUAAUCAAUCAGGAAGGUGGGGAAUCCAUCCGUGCCUGUAUAUUUAGCCCCAAUGGAUCGACUAUAGUUAGCUCCGAUGAUAGCGGAUCGAUAUGCAUUUGGGCGCAAAACAAAAGCCUCAAGGGCCAUAUGAAGGUUCACGAUGAAGCCGUUCAUACGAUGGCGUUUUCGAGUGACUCAAAUAUUCUACUCAGCGCGUGUACACUAGGCAACUUACGAUUGUAUGGUGUGGAGAAUGAUUUUGCUAGUGACCUUUCAUCUGCUGACUGUGCAAUCGAUGCUGCUCACGAUAUGGGCGUUCUAUCAGCGGAUUUUUGUAAAAUAGUACAUACCGAUCCUGCUGAUAAAUGUUCGCUGAUCUAUACUCUCGCAUCAUGCGGCACGGAUCAUUACAUAAAGAUUUGGCGCAUCUUUUUCAUGCCGAACAACAGAGAUCGUAGUCGUCGAUCGCGACUUAUACCGACUAGCCCACAAGAACACUUUGCAGGACAAUCGACGAUCUAUAGCACUGAGGUCAUGAACGCGAGCUGUGUGCAAACCAUCGCGGCGCAUGGUAGUUCUGUAACUUGUAUACGAUUUAACCCCACCGGCACGAUGCUGUUCUCCUGCAGCCUCGAUAAAACAAUCAAAAUCUGGAACCAGCAGGGUGCAUGUCUUAAAACAAUGGUCGAACAUUCACGGUACGUCAAUUGCUUGGCAAUUAGCAGCAACUCGUCGGUCAUAGCGUCCGGUUCCAACGAUCGGACGGUGGUCGUGUGGGAUUUAACCAACAGCUUGAGCCUGGGUUCACAUAUUACGGGCAUACGAUCGCUGCUGUUUACGCUGGCAGCAAAAACUGCGGACAUUCCGUUAGAGUUUACAUGCCCUAUCACGCACGAGUUGAUGAAGGAUCCAGUCUACGCGGAAGAUGGUUUUACUUAUGAACGUGCUGCUAUAAAGGAAUGGUUCUCUCGCGAGAAAGCCGUUUCUCCUAUGACAAACAUCGAACUAUGCACCAAUGAGCUAGUGGAGAAUGGGAAACUUAAACAGGAAAUUGAAGACUACAUCCGGUCGUUGGAUAACGAAUGAAAAAAGCUGCGCCCACCGAAAGCAUUUGAUCAUUUGGUUUUUAGUGCUUUUCUUGAUGGUAGAACAAAUUUUCGCAAUAGUAAUUUUUUUUUAAUUUGAUUAUCUUAAAUGAGUUAUUAGCCAUCCCGUCAAGUUUUAUUCGAUACCUUUUCUAUACAUUGCUUAUCACAAUUCCAUUCAUUUUUUCUAUUUCUUUGACAUUAGUUUUCUAUAUUUUAUUCUUUGUAUUGAUCAAUAAAAGCAAUGUGCUCGCUAAAGACGUUGAUUACCACAGUGUGACUACAGUCGCACGUUGUAUCACGAUGUGCGAUAAGAUGUGAUAGAGCGCACUCGAUAUAUUGCGCCACGUACCAUGCAACGCCAACCACGUACGCAGAGAACGUACUUCAUCAGUAACUGGUGACUACAGACCGCAGUGGUGUGCUAAAUGAUUAUACAUACAACACACUGCGAUAAGAGAAUUUUCCGCAUUGCUCAUUACAAGACGCCUUUAAAAGCAACCAAAUUAUAUUAUCACAUUCGAUACGAAGUGAUGGGGCAAAAAAUCAUAUUUUAAGUGCCUGCAAACGUGUUAAACUUGACUACAAAAAAUGACACAUUCAUCGUGAGUUGUGCGCGGAUAAUUGACAUGGCGAGGAAAAUUGGGGUACGCGUGCAAUCAGAGGAAGGCGUUUCGUAUUAAAUGAAUAUUAGGGUCAUCAAGCCUUUUGUCUAUUGUAGCAUAAUAAAGAUAGCGAGUCAAUCGUGUUUUGUCUGCAAACUAGAAAUCGUCACACAAUUGAGAAACAGCCGAUAGCGAGAUCACUACGCCCAUCCAAUCAGGGUCGAGUGUGGUUCCG